AUGGGUAUUCCGUACCAUCCCGAUCUUGCUUCGCUCCGUCAAGCAUCAAUCAACGGAUGCGUUCUAUGUCAGGCAAUUGAGAAGGAGGUCGAUGCGCUGUUGGAGGAGAUUAAGACACUAGAACAUCCAAAUCUGGGUGCAUACAAGUGGGUUCCUGACUGGAACAUGUGGUUGACUCAACGUGGCGAGUCUGGCGGCGACGGAUUCUGGGUUGUUUGCAGCAGCGUUGGAGACGAGGGUCGAUAUUGCUUGAUGCCCGUCGCAUCGAUCGGCUUUGCUUCUGAUGAAGAUGAUCCUCUCUCUAUCGGCUCUAGCGACCGCGUUUUAAAAGAGGUUCCGAACCAAACCACAUUGAACCUCAUUCUCAAGUGGCUCAAAGCCUGCGACGAGCACCCGCACUGCAAAGCGCAGCACGCUCGAAUGCCAACUCGCCUUUUGGACGUUGGCACGUCAGACUCUGGGUCAAUCAUUAAACUCGUUCAGCCGGACCCUGACCUCUGUAACCGUGAGACUAUCCAGGCUCGAAGAGACGGUAUUGAUAUCAAUCAACUUCCGCAAACUCUUCGAGACGCUGUAACUCUGACUCGGAUGGUCGGGGUAAGAUACCUUUGGAUCGACAGCCUGUGUAUCUGUCAGGAUGACCUGAAGGACUGGGAACGAGAGUCAGCGCAAAUGGCUGCUGUGUACUCGAACUCGUAUCUGACGCUUGCCGCUGUAAAGUCCGGCGAUACCAAUGGAGGUUUACUGUCAGCUCGAACCCCUCAAACCUACUUCAAACUUCCACGGAAGGGUUCUUCUCCAGAUGAGUACAUCUUGGCAACGGCCUUAACCCUCGAUCACGAUACCAUUCACCAAUUUCAUAUGCGGAUGAAAAAGGAGCCUCUCACGAAGAGAGCGUGGGGCUUCCAGGAACGUGUUCUCGCUCGCCGAAUCCUGCACUUCUCAAGCCAGCAGAUGUACUGGGAAUGUCUUGAAGGGUUUGAAGCAGAGCAAGGACUGAAGCUGAACUACCGCAUACCUUUCAUCAACGAUGACACCCAGCUUGUGGAGUAUGUCGACCAGCGUCGUAACAAUGCACAUCCCACAAAUCCUAGGUGGGAAGGACUCGACCACUCCUCCACCUUGACGAGAAAUUGGCACGAACUCCUCUGGGAGUACGGCCCGCGAGAGUUGACAAAUCCUCUGGACAAGCUUCCAGCAUUCUCUGGCAUUGCCAAGUCCUUGAGCAAAAGCUUUAAGGAUGGAUACUUGGCUGGUCUUUGGCGUGGGUCUUUGAUCGAAGGCUUAUGCUGGCAAGCUCUGCGCUGUAAAUCCAUCGAGCAAUACCGCGCACCCUCAUGGUCUUGGGCCUCAGUCGACGGAAUACCGGCGACCGGCUUACUUGGGGUGACGGAAGAAGUGGCAAGUAUUCUUGAAGCCAAGGUUGAAAUCGACGGGGACAACCCCUUCGGUCGCGUGAAAGACGGCUGGAUCAAGCUCGAGGCGCCCCUGGUCAAGAUGUCGCUCUCCGAUGCGAAGGGGCCCACAGGCCAUAUGCUGUUCCGAAGCGAUAAGGGAGGCGGUGAUUGCUUUGGCAUGCUGGAUACCAUUAACCGAAGCUAUGAAGCCAGUGCAGAGCUCAUCAGGUCGAUGGAAGUGUACGCAUUGAUGUUGGCUUACACGUAUGGCGGACCAGGAAGACCGGACCCCGAGCGGAAGGAUCCCUGCGCUCAUGGGAUUUAUGUCACUCCUGCAGUGGACCGGCCAGGCUGUAUGAGAAGAAUUGGCGCAGUUCUUCAAAACGUAAAGGAGUUUGGCGCUGAUGAGCUUGCAUCUUCUAGAACUACCAUAACAAUAGUUUGA